GUGCGCAGCAUCGCCCACUUCCAGAGCCAGGGCAGCCGGGAGGCCGAGCUGCGCCUCUACGUCUCGCAGGUGACGCAGGUCAGCGGGUUGCUGCGCAGCGUCUGGAAGGCCGAGCCCGACACGCUGCUGCCCUCCCUGCAGGAGCUCUUCGCCGUCAUCUCCGCCGCCGACACUUCAUUCGAGCCUUCUGUUGCCCUGGCAAGUCUGGUGCAGCACAUACCAUUACAGAUGAUUACAGUGCUCAUCAGGAGCCUCACUACAGACCCAAAUGUGAAGGAUGCAAGUAUGACUCAAGCUCUGUGCAGAAUGAUUGACUGGUUGUCCUGGCCUCUGGCUCAGCACGUGGAAACAUGGGUGAUUGCCCUGCUGAAGGGACUGGCUGCAGUCCAGAAAUUCACCAUCCUCAUUGAUGUCACUCUGCUGAAGAUUGAAUUGGUCUUUAAUCGACUUUGGUUUCCUCUAGUGAGGCCUGGUGCCCUUGCUGUCCUUUCCCACAUGCUACUUAGUUUUCAGCAUUCUCCAGAAGCUUUUCAUUUGAUUGUCCCACAUGUGGUCAGUUUGGUUCAUUCCUUCAAAAGAGAUGGCUUACCUUCCAGCACAGCAUUUCUGAUGCAGCUGACAGAGCUGAUACACUGUAUGAUGUAUCAUUAUUCAGGAUUUCCAGAGCUCUAUGAACCCAUUCUGGAAGCUAUUAAGGAUAUGCCCAAACCCACUGAAGAGAAGAUUAAGUUGAUUCUCAGUCAGAGUGCCUGGACUUCUCAAUCCAGUUCUUUGCCAUCUUGUUUAUCUAGACUUUCUGGAAAAUCUGAAACUGGGAAGACAGGUCUAAUUAAUCUAGGAAAUACUUGCUACAUGAACAGUGUUAUUCAGGCACUUUUUAUGGCUACAGAUUUUAGAAGACAUGUUUUAUCUCUGAAUCUAAACGGAUGUAAUUCAUUAAUGAGAAAAUUACAGCAUCUUUUUGCCUUUUUGGCCCAUACCCAGAGGGAGGCAUAUGCUCCCAGAAUUUUCUUUGAGGCUUCCAGACCACCAUGGUUCACCCCUCGAUCCCAGCAGGAUUGCUCAGAGUAUCUCAGAUUCCUGCUAGACAGGCUGCAUGAAGAGGAGAGAACCUUGAAAGCAUUAUCUUCAGUAAAGACUUCUGAAAGUAUAAUGAAUGAAGAGUCCCAGACACAAGAACCUGUCCAUAAAGCACAAGUAUUUGCUGAAGCACCUUGUAUUGGAAGUGAGGAGAGAACUCUGAUAGAAAAGAUGUUUGGAGGGAAACUGAAGACUACUAUAUGCUGUUUGAACUGCAAAAGUAUGUCCCAAAAGGAAGAAGCUUUCACAGAUCUCUCUCUAGCUUUCUGUCCUCCAGUUUCCUUGGAGAACCUUGGCCCAAAAAGUACAGAAAGUUCUGAAGUGAAAGAUGACCACGUGGUGCAAACUAGUACUUCAGCAACUAGUCCUGCUGGAGAAACACCUCUCAGUCAUUCAGAAGUAAAUGGUGAUUGUGACACAAUAAUGAAGGAAGGAACACUAAAAGAUUUUUCUACUGAGCCAAACUCUGAGAACACAACAGAUUCUGAACUCAACAAAGGUCAAGAUCAUAGGGAUAUGUCUCAGAGGCUGGUAGGCAAAACCACUCUGUCAGUUACAGACUUGCUGAACUAUUUUUUGGCACCUGAGAUCCUUAGUGGAGACAAUAAGUACUAUUGUGAAAAGUGUGCCUCUCUACAGAAUGCUGAGAAAACUAUGCAAAUCAUUGAGGAACCUGAAUACCUCAUUCUCACUCUCCUGAGAUUUUCCUAUGACCCAAAGUGUCACAUAAGGCGCAAAAUCUUGGAGAAUGUGUCUCUGCCACUUGUUUUGGAACUGCCAGUCAAAAGAGCAACAUCCCCUCUAGCUGUAGUUUCGGGAGGUUGGUCUGUUGGUGUUGAGAUUUCUGAUAUUGGAGAAAAUCUGGCUAAAAAACUGAAGCCCUCAGGUGCUGAUGAAGUGACCUGCCCACAACUGGUGCCCUACGUCUUGAGCUCGGUGGUGGUGCACUCGGGUGUAUCCUCUGAAAGUGGACAUUAUUACUCCUAUGCUAGAAAUGUUACUGGGUCAGGGCCUUCAGGCCUCUGCAGCCAGUCUACAGCUCUGUCUUUAGUUUCUCCUCAGGAUAAGCUGUUGACAGAGGAGAGUCCUUGUACUGUUGUAGAAAAUGAGCUGGACACUGAGAUGCCAAAAGAAUGGUUUCUGUUCAACGACAGCAGAGUGACGUUUACCUCAUUUCAGUCAGUCCAGAAAAUUACCAGUAGAUUUCCAAAGGACACUGCUUAUGUUCUGUUUUACAAAAAACAAAACAGCACCUGUGGCUUCAACUCCAAUUUGGCAAAUGGACUCUGGGUAAAUGGAGACCCUCCCCUACAAAAAGACCUCAUGGAUGCAAUUACAAAAGACAACAAACUGUACUUGCAGGAGCAGGAGCUUAGUGCUCGAACACAAGCACUUCAAGCUGCCUCAGCCUCCUGCUCUUUCCGACCCAAUGGAUUUGAUGACAAUGACCCCCCAGGAAGUUGUGGACCCACAGGUGGAGGAGGAGGGGGUGGGUUCAGUACUGUUGGUAGAUUAGUUUUUUGACUAUGAAGACAACCUGGAGUACACUGAUUCCAAAGCAGCCCAGUACUGCUGAGGACAACUAAAAUAAUGAACUUUGUCAGACAUUGUACCAAGCUUUGAGACUUGAUUCUUGUUCAAAAGCAAAUGUGGGGGCUUUUUGGUUAUGUUUUAUUUGAAAUAAAUAAGUGCAUAAUGGAAAAAA